AAGAAAAAAAAUAAUAAUAACAAUGGUUAAUGGAGUCUGAACCUGACAAAUGAUGAUUCCCAACUUUUACCUUCUUUUUAUUCCUUCAGCUUUAGUAUAAUACACCAUUUAGAUGAGGAAGAAGAAGAAAAAACCAAAACCAAAUACUAUAAAAAAGAUAUACUGUCGUAUUAUAAGUGGCAGAUUAUUAGCUGGUUUUUAUUUAUAAAUGAUGAUAUUCUGUAGAGUUAGCAAUCAUGGUGAACCCCAAUGAACCCUGUGAGAACUCUCCCCAGAAGAAAAUGGGAAGGGGAAAGAUCGAGAUCAAGCGGAUCGAAAACACAACGAAUCGUCAAGUUACCUUCUGCAAGAGGCGCAAUGGUUUGCUCAAAAAGGCAUAUGAGUUAUCAGUUCUUUGUGAUGCUGAGGUUGCUCUGAUUGUCUUCUCUAACCGUGGCCGCCUUUAUGAGUAUGCCAAUAAUAGUGUUAAAACAACAAUUGAGAGGUACAAGAAGGCUUCUGCUGAUUCCGCCAAUACUGGGUUAGUUUCUGAAGCUAAUGCUCAGUUCUACCAGCAAGAAGCUGACAAACUACGCGAUCAAAUUCGGAAUUUGCAGAAUUCAAACAGGAAUAUGCUGGGCGAGUCACUAGGGUCACUGCCUAUGAAGGAUCUUAAGAACUUGGAGACUCGUUUAGAAAAAGGGAUUAGCAGAAUCCGUUCCAAAAAGAAUGAGCUGCUGUUCGCAGAAAUGGAGUAUAUGCAGAAGAAGGAAAUUGACUUGCAUAACAACAACCAACUUCUCCGAGCAAAGAUUGCUGAGAAUGAAAGAAAGCAACAGGACAUGAAUUUGAUGCCAGGAGGGUCUAACUUUGAGGUCAUGCAUUCUCAGCAAUUUGACUCUCGGAACUACUUUCAAGUCAAUGACUCCAUGCAUUACAACCCAACAAUCACUGCCCCCACCAGGACCAGAUGGCCCUUCAAUUAGUCUAAUAUUCUGGCCUCGGAGUAGGUGGCACUUUCUUCUGUUUCUGUUUUAGUGCAGAGCAGCUUGGUAUUCUGUCAGAUGAAAGCUACCAGUAUCCUGAAAUAGCCAUAAGGAAGGAAUCAACUAUCCCUUAAAUGGAGGACCAUACGUAGAACUCAUCUGCCAUGUUUUAGUUAUGUAGAGUGUGUAAGACUGAUAAGUUUGUUUAUCAGACAACAAGUCCUCUUUCCAUCUGUUUAUGGCAUGCACUAGGAUUCUACAAAGGUUAUUCCUCAUGACUCAAGAAAUUUCUCAUUCUAUGAUAUCAUCUAUAUCCUUCUAUUUUC